UGUUGAAAUUUGAGGGUAGAAUCAAACGCUGGCGCCAUUGCCGUCGCCAACGUCCAUUGCACUUUGUUCACAUUCCGCCUAGUCUUGUGCGGUGACGUGGUGCUUUCUACAUGUUAAACAUGUUGCGAUACACUAUUCUGGUGAUGGUGAUCAGUCCAGUGCUAACCCGGCAAGUGCCCCGCUUCGCCGAGCUCGACCCCGAAGAGCAGCAACUGUACCGCGCCGCCUACGACACGCCCUCCUACGACCACGACGAGUACCAAGAAGAUCUCGAGCCCGGCAAGCUGGACCUCCUCAAGGACGGCCUCUGGGCCAUCAAGGCCAAGAUAAAGGAGCUCAAGGCCUUCGACAAAGCCCUCGCGGCGAAUGUCCUCAUCACCAGGCUGAAGCUGAAGGAGCUUUUGGAGUACCAUUUAAAGAAGAAGCCGGUAGAACUGGUGGUGGAAAAGAAACCGAAUUACCAAAACUAUCCUCAGGCCCCUGCUUACCCCCCGCAGCCGCAGUAUGAACCACAGUACGCGGCGCCGACGCCCGCCUACCACCACGACCCUUACUACGGACACUAACUCUAUAGGAGCCGAUCCCGCAUUCUUACCUCCAGUAUUGGUCUCCGGAUGAGCGUACGUAUGAGACCGGAGACCAAUGCCUAUGCUAUAGGUGGCGCAAAGCGCUGGCGCGGCGUCACCUAAGAACGGCGUCAUUUUAGACCUGAGGGCCUACUGCCAACAUGGAAAAGAAGAAAAACGUUAUCUUCCUCUCCGUUGCUCAGACAUGCAAGAGCGAUAGAAGGACUGAUAACGAUUUUCGAUUUUUCUAUGUUGACGAUGGGCUCUGAUUUUCCAAUUUUGAUCAAAUAAUCUAAGUAGUACCAGUCGUAAUUAAUCCUAGUUCUUCUCUCUUCUUCUUUACUAUAAGAAGACAGAGUAGACAUACUAUCAGAAUUCAAUAUACUUUUCAUUUGUUAUAAUUUAGAUAAUAUAUUUUGCCUUACAAACAGUUUUAACAAAAAAAAUUGUAAUUAAUGUAAAAAUGUCUGCGUUAUUAAUAAAGUUUAUUGUAUUAUAAUGUUUUUCUCUCUCCUAGAGCCGUAUCAUAAGAAAGUGCAGUAAUUAAUUAAUUCUUAAUUGGGAAGGUCAACGCGGAUUGUCGAGCGGCGUAGUUGGCCGCAGCGCGCGCGCGAAGCACUCGCGUACUAGAAGCGAACCGCUUCCUCUAGUUCGAAAACCGAAUAUAGGGCUUGAAGAUUUCGCUUAGUUGUACCAAGUGCGGGAGCCGCGGACUUUUGGAAUGUUCGUAGGAUAGUUUUGCGAGAUGCCUUUGUUAUAUUUGCCUGAGAGAGUGGACAUGGCGCUGUCGAUCCAGUAGUUUCCAGGAGUUUAUGCUGCCGAAGAUGAGGGACAAAGUCACGUGGAUGUUGUUUCUGGUACGGACCCAAAGUUAAUCUU